AUGAAUAAGCAGACCAUCUACUUUGGCUACGGCUCCAAUCUUUGGCUCUACCAAAUGCGCCAACGCUGCCCUACGUCCAGGUAUCUUGGCAUCGCCAGACUGAAGGGCUAUAGAUGGAUCAUCUAUGGUCGAGGCUACGCAAAUAUUGUCGAGAUCGCAGGCGACAAGCAAUCGAGCUCCGAACACGACGACAGUGAAGAGGUGUGGGGCUUGGUGUACAGCUUGGAAGAAGAGGACGAGCGUCGCCUUGACAGGAACGAAGGCGUUCCUGUCGCUUAUCAAAAAGAGCUGAUCGAAUGUGAAUAUUGGGCAUCUGCAAAGAACCGCCGGUCUGGUCGACCGGAUACCUCGAAAGAUCCACACAAAGUCGACAUGCUUGUCUACAUAGACCGCAUGCGGACUGAGCCCUCCGAGCCGAAGGAAGAGUACAUCUACAGGAUGAACAUGGGUAUUCACGACGCGCUGUACGAAGGAGUGCCGAAAGACUAUGUGGAACAGGUCAUGCGGAAAUUCAUUCCGGAGAGAAACGAAGAGCCCUUGAUCGAGGUAGCAAGAAGACCGGCGCUGGAAUUUGAGGACGAGGACAGUGAUGGCGGUGGAGACGAGGAGCUCUGA